AUGGGCUCUAUGAUGGCUGAUUGUGGCCCGAAAGAAAAGAUAUUGCCUGUGAGGAGCAGACUGGACCUUGAUGAAUAUAUUUCAACAGCCAAGGAGGCCCCAAAAAUUAUACCAGAAUCAGACUUGAGAACCCUUACUCAAGGCCCGCUGAAACGGCUGCUACUAGAACCUGGGAAUUAUGAAAAAUCACUUUCUCUGUGGAGAUGUCUCUUUCAUACGCUGCAGGACACAACACUCCCUAUACCCCACCAGGCUUCCGUGUGCAAUGCUAUAUGUGCAUUUCUAGAGGCUGCAAUCACGGCAAAAGGCUUAGAGGUGUGCAAGUUUGCUCGAUCUGAAAAAACCUGGCUUGCCGUAUUUGAGGUAUACCUCGAUCGGUUCGAGUAUAGCCCACCAAAGCCCAUGAAGCAGAUCCUAGCCACUCUCACAAAUAUUCUGGCUACUCACUCCGAUCCGGACACCGCAGGCUCUAUCCGCUCUUAUUUGAUUGACUCAGUGGUGAAGACUAUAUUACUAGCCGAACCCUUGACCAGGCUAAAGGCAUCAGUGGUUUCUCUUCACUUUCUUAUUCGAAAGGAGGCUUUCCCUGCUGUAGAUCUAGUCGCUCAUUUACAGAGAUGGCUUCAAGCCAAUGUCAACAGCUGGACUCCAGCUAUAGGUGAGCAUGCGACUAACAUUGGGCUCGACGUCUCUACUUUUACAGGCAGAGCACCUUCAGCCUCCGUGGAGGAGCAGGGAACGAUAACUGCACAGCUAUUAUGUCUAGUUCUCUUACUACAUCUUCAAAAUGCGAAUGUAGUCACUUCUUCCGGCGCCCUUCUAUCUCAACUAUGUUUCAAGCUGAAAAAGGAGUCUGAAAACGGUCCGUUCCAGUAUUCUACUCCAGGGCACGGUGCUCCGUUUUGGGCUGCUCCCCUCAAGUAUUUAUCACUUCGGAACCUUGACAACCUCGAUGCUACUAUAAGCCUCGCUUUUCAUUUACUUUUCAGGGGCCAGCCAGCUGAAUUUUCGUCUUUCCUUGACGUUCUGCCUCUCAAAGAUUUGCUAUCAGAAAACUACGGCGAGACUGGCACUGCUGAGUUUGCACUUCUUAUUGCCGUUCUCGAAACAGGAAAGGAGCUAGGACUGGUUCAUGAAGAUAAAAUGCUUCCUUUCAUCCACGCUGAAGCAGAUGCUCACGUCCGAAGUGAGCUUGUUAGCCUGAUCCGGAAAUUUACUGUUCGGCUCAGAGGCGGCUCAUCAACCUGCUCGCUAGCUCCAGGAGAGAAUGCGACAGAACAGGGGUCUGCACACCUUGAUGCACAAUCAUUUGUAUCUUGGUAUAUAGAUUUCCUACAAUCCGAACUUAGACCAAACGCUUCUUAUCAAACGCACAUUCUUGCUUUGAAAGCAUUAGCAACGAUUAUCCAAUCCGGCCUUGACCCCAGAAUCGAUCCCGCGAAGCUCUCAAAAAUUGGUAGCGACCAAAGAAAUUGGCCGUUUUCCAGGGACAUAUUUACACUUAGCCUUUUCAGGGCACUAGGGGAUUUACUAACCAAUCCUUAUGAAGAAAUCCGAAUGACCUCCCUCACAUUACUUGGGUUAUUCCCGGCCUCCUUCCUUAGGCCCCAAAAUAUUGCCGACACUGAUUCUGGAAGGACACGUCGCCAUCCUUAUAGCCAACUACUGGAUUCCCUAGCCCGGGCAGAGGAGAUGGCAGGCCAAACAAGCAGAGCUGAUCAUGCUGAUGGCGUAGCCCGCAUCUAUCAUUUCUUAUUUGACCUGGCUGACACCGGGCGUUGUUCUGGGCAAAAAAUAAUCGUUUACGACUAUAAGUAUGAUAUAGUUGAUUCAAUUCUCACCAAACUAGAAAAGGUCACAUCAUUAUCUGAUAUAACGACAUUGCGUAAUACUCCUAUCCAUGGCCAUUUAUCCGCACUAAGGUUCGUACUCCCAGUUUCCGAUACUACCACCGUAUAG